GUUUCGAGAUCGACUUAUACAACAUACACCUAAUAGUUUUUAUCCACCAACAUAAUAUUGCAAGCUCAGCAAGCUGAAAUGUCUUUCGAAGGCCUGCAGGAGCGUCUGACGGCUCUGCAAGAGAAUACGACACAGCUCAAAGAGCUUAUCGAUCGACUCGCAACGCUUAAAUUCCAACCCGGCUCUGUGCCCCUGACCACCGAUGAGGAGAGCAGCGAGAGCGGUGAACUCAGCGCAGAAAUUACGAGCACUCUGCGGGACGGAGAAGAGGAGCACGAGCUUCUGCAGGAAGAAGUGGAAUUUCUGCGUGGUGCAGAGCAUGAUAAAGACCGAUUAAAAGAGAGUGUCGAAAAGAUUGGGACGGAGCUUGAAAGCUGCCGUCUCUCCUUUCGAAAAGCACGACUGUCGGCAAAGCAUAGCCUCGCGCAGGCGCAAAGACGAGAGCGCGAGAUUCUACUUACAUCAUUCUCACAUCCUACCUCCGAGAACAACUCUCUUUACCCUGACGACGAAAAGUCUGCUCGCCCCACACGCCAUCAGCAGCAUGCUCAGAAGCAACAAUCUAGCCUUACUGAAGAGGAUCAACAGAACGUUGGCGCGAGCGCUAAUGUGACCAACGCCCUGCGACGAACACACGACUUGAUCCAGGCGGAGUUGGCGCGCAGCGAGUUUGCGCACGAGACUUUGACGGAAUCUUCUGCUGCUUUAAAGCAGCUGAAUGAGUCGUAUGGCUCUCUGGAUACAAUGCUGGCGAGCUCCAAGGAUUUAUUAGGCACAUUGUUGCGCUCGCAGAAAAGCGAUACGUGGUACCUUCAGACGACGUUUUAUAUGCUAGCUUGUACACUCGGUUGGCUGUUGUUCAGAAGAUUGCUGUAUGGACCUAUGUGGUGGAUUGUUUGGUUACCGCUGAGGCUGAUGCUCGGAUUGGGUACAUCGGCAGGCAGUGCGGUAAUGCACGCGGGUUCUGGGAAGGGCCAGGUGAAAGAGGCUGGACAGGCGAGCAAGGGAGUUCCGGUGGAGGGUUUGCCGGAUGAUGAGUUGCCUACCGUCAAGAUUGGCGACGAGCAGCAGGCUGAGGUUCUGGAGGAGGUGGAUAAGAUUGUGAACGUUGUGAGAGAGGCGGAUGAGCUGGGAAAUAUCCCAGAGGGUGAUAAGGAUAAUAUUGGUAAUCCAAAGAAGAGGAUGUGGGAGGAGCCUGAUGUUGUUGAGCAGCAACGCCCUAGAGAUGAGCUAUAAGUUGGAUAACUUUUAAUUUUAUAGCAACAAGGUCUUGAAUCUACUGUGCGUUGUGAAGUUUAAGACUUGGCGGGUUGAACUGUAAAUCAAUUUUAAAUGAUAUAAUUCACA